CGGCACCCUGCUUCUGCCGUAAAGCACUGUCGCCGAGGCCCGGCGUGUGGAUUGACAGGACAACUUCCUGUUGGAAAAUUUGGCUUUUGAAGGCCGACAAACUUGAGUUUUCACUAUGGGCAAACGCGGGAGCCGGAACCGGAGCCAGCUGCUCAACACCCUGACUAAAAAGCAGAAGAAGCAUCUUCGGGAUUUCGGCGAGGAGCAUCCUUUCCAUGACAGGGUUUCCAGAAAGGAAGUUAAACCACAGAUUUGUCAACUGUCAGAGAGUUCAGAUACUUCAGGUUCUGAAAGUGAAGCAGAGAGUGAACCAGAACAGGUUUCUGGUUACCACAGACUACUGGCCACAUUAAAGAAUGUUUCUGAGGAAGAUGAGGACGAAGAGGAAGAGGAGGAGGAGGAAGAUGAAGAGGAAGAAGACAGUGAUGUAGAGGAGGAAGAAAUGAACGAAGAAGAUGGUGACAGUGAUGUCCCUGUAGAGGAAGAGACAGCAGCAGAGUCUACUGAAAUGCAGGAGAGAGAUAGGGUCCUACCUGCUGAUCCUGAGGGAAAAGAUGGGGAACAGCCACCUGGCACGUCACAAGAAUCCCCUGAGGAGUUUACAGAUGCAAAACAUGAGUCACUUUUUAGCCUGGAAACCAAUUUUCUUGAAGAGGAAAGUGGAGGCAACAGUUCUGUGAAAGCAUCACAAGAUCCUUUUCUACAACACGUGAACAAAGAACUGAAAGAAAAAGAAAUUCAGGCUGCUGCCACAAAUCCCAAAAUUACCCACCAGCUAAAAUGGCCUAUCCUGGGGCAGCUUGUCUUUUCAUCCAAGUUUCAGAAGUUGGAAACAUUUAAACCCCCAAAGGACAUUGACUUAAAAUCACUUCAUCUCCAGAGGCCUUUGGAAUCCACUUGGACCAAGACCAACAGCCAGUUCCUGUCUAGUCUCCCAAAAUCAAGUAGCCCCUUUACACCCCUCCAGAAAGAGCUCUUCUUAAUUAUGAAUUCUUACCGGGACUUGUUCUACCCAGAAAGGACUGCCCUGAAGAACGGGGAAGAGAUCCGCCAUGUGUACUGCCUGCAUGCAGUGAAUCACGUCCUCAAAGCCAAUGCCCAGGUGCUUGGCAACAACAGCAGACGCCGAAGCCAGAAACUUGGCGUGGGUGAUGAUAAUGACUUCAGGGACCAAGGGCUAACAAGGCCCAAGGUGCUGAUAGUGGUGCCGUUCCGGGAAGCUGCUUUGCGGGUGGUACAGCUCUUCAUCAGCCUCCUUGAGGGCGACAGUAAGAAGAAAAUAAUUGUGAGCAACAAAAAGAGGUUUAAUGGAGAGUAUGGCUCAGAUCCUGAGGAGAGACCACCCAACCUGAAGAGGCCUGAGGAUUACGAAGCUGUCUUCGUGGGCAACAUCGAUGACCACUUCAGGAUCGGAGUGGCAAUACUUCAGAGAAGCAUCCGACUCUAUGCCCCCUUUUACUCCUCGGACAUCCUCAUCGCCUCCCCUCUGGGCUUGAGGACCAUCAUUGGUGCAGAAGGAGAGAAGAAGAGAGAUUUUGACUUUUUGUCUUCUGUUGAGCUUCUCAUCAUUGAUCAAGCUGACAUUUACCUGAUGCAGAACUGGGAGCAUGUUCUGCACUUGAUGAAUCACAUGAACUUGCUGCCCUUGGACUCACAUGGGGUGGACUUUUCUCGAGUGAGGAUGUGGAGCCUCAAUAACUGGUCGAAGUUCUAUCGCCAGACUCUACUGUUCGGGGCCCUGCAGGAUGCCCAGAUCAAUUCCGUGUUCAACAAGUACUGUGUCAAUGCACAGGGCCAGGUGGCUGUGAGGAACGUCCCGAUGACAGGUUCCAUUAGUCACGUGCUGGUGCAACUCCCACAUGUCUUCCAGAAGAUGGAAGCUGAAAACCUAGCUUCGGUGAUCGAUGCCAGGUUUAACUUUUUUGUGAACAAGAUUUUGCCUCAAUAUCGUGAUGCAGUCAUGUCUCACGCACUCGUCUAUGUCCCCUCGUACUUUGACUUCGUGCGUCUCCGAAAUUACUUCAAGAAGGAGGAAGUGAACUUCACUCACAUCUGCGAGUACACGAAAAAGUCUGCUAUCUCCAGGGCCAGACACUUUUUCCUUCAAGGAGAGAAGCAGUUUCUGCUCUUCACAGAGCGCUUUCAUUUCUACAAAAGGUAUACAAUAAAAGGCAUCAGGAACCUAAUUUUCUAUGAGCUGCCAACAUAUCCCCACUUCUACAGUGAAGUCUGUAACAUGCUGAGAGCCACCACCAGAGGCGAGGAAGCCACCUGGACCUGUACUGUCCUCUACUCCAAGUACGAUGCCCAGAGGUUGGCUGCAGUGGUCGGUGUGGAGCGGGCUGCGCAGAUGCUGCAGUCCAAGAAGAAUGUACACCUCUUCAUCACUGGGGAAAGAUGAGAAUUUGUUGAACAGGAAAUGGGACUUGGAGUGAUACAUAAUGCUCGAUUCUGUGCCACUUGGACCUGAUUCUGAUCACUUCUACAAGAGAAGGGCUGCUAGAAGGAAGAAGCAGCAGGCAGCAUCAUAUCCGAUAUGUCUUUCUUUUCAGGUCACAUUUCCCUGAGAAGUUAAAUGUAAACUGAAUUUUGGUAACUCCCAUCUUUCAGAAGUCAAGAGGGAGCUAAUGGGACAGUGAGAAGUUGAUGGAAGGAAACUCCUACUUGUGAAUCUUUUUGUAAGCCAUAAAUUCUUUUAUUGUGAUUUGACCUGUGAUUUAUUACACUUGGUAAAUUCUUGCAGAUUUGCCUAUUUCUGUUUGACACUUUCAUAAAGUAAGGCAGACAGGUCAUUGCUUGUGAGAACUGCUUAUGAGAAAUGAGAAUACUUUUUGCUGCUGAAUAUCUUAAUUUUGGAUCACACAGGUUUUAUAGAACUUAUUUUUCCCCAGCCAAACUUUUUAAAAUUGUAAAUAUUCUAUUUCAAUUCAGCCUAGAAGAGUGUAUUCAUUCACUGAUCUUUUUUAACUCGUAGAAAACAUUUUAGUUAAAAUAUACACUUAAAAUUAUGUUAUAUAAAAUAACAAUUUCUACUCUUUCAAGAAAUAAUUUUGUGAAACUCUUGAUGUUGAAAUCUUCAUCUUCAACAUUGCCAUCUUCAACAUUACUGUAUUCAUUUUUUGUCAUAUAACAAAAAUGAAAAGGAAGUGCUUUUUAAAACAUUUUUAUUUUGAAAUAUUCUCAGAAAAAUUAAAAGUACAGAACCUGAACCAUUUGAGAGUAAGUUGCUAACCUGAUGGGCCUGUCGCUCCUGAAAAUCACCCCUGAAUUUAGCAUGUAUUUUCUAUGAACAAGGGCAUUUCUGCAUAACCAAAAACCAACCGUGAUCAGGGACUUGCCAUUAAUACAUUAUUAUUGUCUAAUCCUUUUACCUCAUUUAGGUUUUGCCAGAUGUCUCACAAAUGACCUUUAUAGCAAAAGGAUACAGUUGAGAAUUACAUGUUGCUUUUAGUUGUCA